GAUGCCCUGUGGCGGGGAAGCUGACGCAGUUCCGGGAGUGCCUGGGGAUGCAGUUCCGGGAGUGGCUGGGGGCGCAGUCCCUGGGAGUGCCUGGGGGCGCAGUUCCGGGAGUGCCUGAGGGUGGGGUUCCGGGAGUGGCCUCGGUUCCGGUUCUGGUAGGAGGCCCGCCUCUCACCCGGCAAAGAGCUCAGCGGGAACUGUCUGUCGCAGCACCCGACUCCACUAUUAAGACCCUGCCCUUACGGGCUGCUGGACCCCCGGAUGCGGAUGGCAACCAGCCCCAUUUCUAUUGGCCUUUCUCAACUAGCGAUUUGUAUAACUGGAAGGCACAGAACCCUAAGUUCUCCGAAAAGCCGGGGAGACUUAUUGACUUGCUAGAUUCUGUUCUUUUCACCCAUCAGCCCACAUGGGACGACUGUCAGCAGCUUUUACAGGUUCUGUUCACAACGGAAGAGAGAGAAAGGAUCCUCAAUGAGGCCCGGAAGAUGGUUCCUGGUGUAGAUGGAAAUCCAACCACAAACCAGGCCCAGAUAAAUGUCUCUUUCCCUUUAACUAGGCCUGAAUGGGAUUUCAACACGGCAGAAGGUAAGGAGAGGCUCUCGGUUUACCGCCAGACUCUAAUGGGGGGUCUCCGUAGGGCUGCUAGGAAGCCCACCAAUUUGACCAAGGUAGGGAACGUACAGCAGGGAAGAGAUGAGUCUCCAGCUGCCUUUCUAGAACGGAUCAUGGAGGCAUAUCGCACCUACACCCCCAUGGAUCCAGAAGCCCCUGAGAAUAAGGCAGCUGUAAUCAUGAGUUUUAUAAACCAGUCAGCCAUGGACAUUAGAAAAAAACUGCAGAGAAUAGAUAGAUUAGGAGAAAAAAGUUUACAGGAUUUACUGGCAGUGGCAGAGAAGGUGUUCAAUAACCGAGAGUCCCCUGAGGAUAGACGAGCCCGCGCCAUGGUGGCUGCCAGUGACAAGCAGACCCGAAACCUGGCCAAGAUUCUGCUAGCCACCACCACGGAGUCCCCUGAGGAGCGGACCCGCCGCCUUCGCCAGCUUGCUGAUGGCCAAGAGAGCCUGCCGCUAGCGCCUCAAAGCCAACCCCUGUUUGCCUUCGAGUGGCACGACCCAGAGGAAGGCUACAGUGGACAAUUAACCUGGACGCGAUUGCCCCAAGGAUUCAAGAAUUCACCCACCAUCUUCGACGAGGCGCUGCAUGAAGACCUUGGUGAGUACAGGAGAGAGCACCCCAAUCUCACUCUCCUUCAGUACGUAGAUGACAUCCUGAUUGCUGCCGAUACCGCCAAAGAUUGUGAACAAGGGACCAAAGAUCUGCUGGCCACCCUAGGGACCUUAGGGUACCGGGCCUCUGCGAAGAAGGCUCAGAUAUGCCAAAAGAGGGUGAGUUACCUGGGGUACAUACUGGAGGGCGGACAGCGGCGGUUGUCAGAUGCUAGAAAAGAGACAGUCUUGAAAAUCCCUGCUCCCACCUCCCGGAGGGAGGUGAGGGAGUUCCUAGGAUCGGCUGGCUAUUGCCGCCUCUGGAUACCAAGUUUUGCUGAGAUCGCCAGGCCCCUAUAUGAAGCCACCAAGGAGGGGAAGGCCUUUAAAUGGACUGAGACAGAAGAAAUGGCCUUUAAUCAGAUAAAGAAAGCUCUUUUGGCUACUCCAGCCCUGGGCCUACCAGACAUUACAAAACCCUUUCGCCUCUUUGUAGAUGAGCGCAAAGGAGUGGCAAAAGGGGUUUUAACCCAGGCUUUAGGCCCCUGGAGUCGCCCAGUGGCAUAUUUGUCUAAAAAGCUGGAUCCUGUAGCCGCUGGCUGGCCACCGUGCCUAAGAAUCAUUGCAGCAACCGCGCUCUUAGUCAAGGAUGCUGACAAACUGACCCUGGGGCAGGAGAUCUGGAUCACAACCCCGCAUGCCAUUGAAGGGAUCCUAAAACAGCCUCCUGAUAGAUGGAUGAGCAAUGCUCGCAUGACCCACUAUCAAAGCUUGCUGCUCAACCCCCCUAGAGUGCGGUUCCUUCCCAGUGCGGCCCUCAACCCUGCUACCCUGCUACCUGACCCUGACCUAGAUGCCCCACUACAUGACUGUGCGGGAAUCCUGGAGCAGGUACAUGGACUUCGGAAGGACUUGACCGAUCGGCCCCUCCCGGAUGCAGAGGCCACCUGGUUCAUGGAUGGAAGCAGCUUCGUGCGGAACGGGUGCAGGUACGCAGGUGCGGCGGUGGUUACCAACAGGAACACUGUGUGGGCGGAGGCUCUGCCCCCUGGGACAUCAGCUCAGCGAGCAGAACUCAUUGCACUCACCAAGGCACUGACACUGGGGGCUGGAAAGCGGCUUAACGUUUACACAGACAGCCGUUAUGCAUUUGCUACAGCUCAUGUUCACGGGGCAAUCUACCAGGAGAGAGGGCUGUUGACAGCAGAGGGACGGACAAUAAAAAAUAAGCAGGAAAUCCUCGACCUGCUCUCAGCCUUAUGGCUUCCUGCCAAGUUAGCCAUAAUCCACUGCCAGGGACACCAAAAAGCCAAUGACCUGGUAGCUAAAGGCAACCAAAAGGCUGACGAGGCUGCAAAGGCAGUAGCCCUUACCUCGGUCCCUACCAUGGCCUUACAACUACCAGACCCAGGGGACCCAGUCCUACCAGACCAGCCCAAGUACUCCCAGGAGGAGUUGCAACGUAUCAAAAAGCUCCCUAAAGCCCAGGAAAUAAAGGGAUGGUGGCAUACACCAGAAGGAGAACUUAUACUGCCGGACUGGCUCAGGGACACGAUAUUAAAACAUAUGCACCAAUCCACUCACCUGGGAGCCCGGAAAAUGAAGGACUUAAUCCAACAUGCCAGGAUCAAAAUUCACCAGCAGAAUACCAAGAUAGAUCAGGUUGUGUCAGCCUGCAAGACCUGUCAACUCACAAACGCAAGGGUUGGAUCAAAUAAAAGAGGAACCAGGCUCAGAGGCACCAAACCUGGAGCACAAUGGGAGGUCGACUUCACUGAAAUUAAACCAGGGAAGUAUGGUUAUAAAUAUCUUUUAGUAUUUAUAGAUACCUUCUCUGGCUGGGUAGAGGCAUACCCAACCAAGCAUGAAACAGCUCAGACAGUGGCCAAGACUGCUGGAAGACAUCUUACCCAGGAAUUUGAGAAGUUGAUUCCAACUCUCAUGGAUGACUUUGAGGGUUUCAAGACUUCAUUGGAGAAAGUAACUGCAGAUGUGAAGGAAACAGCAA